UUCUUCUUCAUUCAUUCAUUCAUUCAUUCAUUCAUUCAUUCAUUCAUUCAGGUCAUUGCCAAAGAUAGUGAGGACAGAGGUUGAAAACAAAGAUUUCAAAACAAGGGAUUCAAUAAACAAUCAGCCUCUUGCCCUUAUAUAAAGGGCAGCCAAAACCAAAAGUGUACACCAAAUUAUCAUUCUUCCCAUUCUUAAAAAUGGGUUCGAAGAAGCCUUACAUUGUUGCAAUUUUCAUUCAAAUUACUUUUGCCGGAAUGAGCUUAAUGUCCAAGGCUGCCUUCGCCACCGGUAUGAACACGUAUAUCUUCCUCUUCUAUCGUCAAGCUGCUGGCAGUCUCAUCUUAGUCCCACUAACUUUACUCUUAAAAGGGAAGGAGAGGAGGCCAUUGUCUUUCAAGCAGCUCUGCCAUAUUUUUCUCAUUUCAUUGAUAGGGAUCACUCUUGCAAUGAAUGCUUAUGGAGUGGCCAUUGAUUACACAUCAGCAACUCUUGGAGCUGCAGCCUUCAACUGCCUUCCUGUUUCAACAUUCAUCUUUGCAGUUUUACUAAGAAUGGAGAAGGUGAACUUAAAGAAAGCAGCAGGGAUAGCAAAGGUGGCAGGGAUGAUGAUAUGCAUGGGAGGAGCAGCAAUUCUAGCUUUCUACAAAGGCCCAUAUUUAAAGCCACUUAUCUCUCACCCACUUUUUCAAAUAGAGGAAUCCCAAACCAACAUUACUUCCACUUCCCAAAAGUCAUGGAUGCUUGGCUGUUUCUUCCUCCUCGUCGCUACUACCACUUGGGGCAUUUGGUUCGUCCUCCAGGCUCGAUUCUUGAAGGGUUACCCUCACCCAGUGGAAUUCAUGUGCGCACAAACGGUCAUGAGUGUGGCUCAAUGCUUUGUUGUGGCUAUCAUUAUGGAAAGAGAUCCCUUGGAGUGGAAAUUGGGAUGGAACGUUCGACUCUAUGCUGUACUCUAUUGUGGCAUUUUGGUAAUUGGAAUUGCAAAUAAUGCACAAUGUUGGGUAAUCAAAGAAAAGGGUCCAGUUUUCCAAGCUAUGAUGAUGCCCUUGAAUUUAGUCGCAACAAUAAUCGGUUCUCAGUUAUUCUUGGCCGAAGGAAUUUACUUGGGAAGUAUUAUAGGUGCGUCCUUGUUGGUAACGAGUCUUUACAGUGUUUUAUGGGGAAAAAGCAAAGAGCUUGUCGUUACUCCAACUAAUCAAGACCAACCAUCUCCAGAUUCUCCACAACAAAAAGAGUCACAAGAAUCGACAAAUCGUACUCAAGUUGACUCCACAUUAGUCUAAAACACAUUUGUUAGCUUUUCAUGCUAUUAAUUAGUUUUUUUCCCCCUUUUUCUAGUUGCAUUUUGGUUACUAUGAGCAAUAAUAUGUAGUUAUUAGUUUCUAUAAUGUGAUGAAAUAUAUGAAGAAUGUACUAUCAAUUUUAACAUCA